ACUCCGAGAUGUGUCUGAACAUUAACAGCAUUUAACGUCAUUUUGAAAAAAUAUUUAACAAGGGACUCCAAAAUGAAAACACGCCCCAGACCAAACGGGGCUUCUUUUAUAUUUGCACAAGGACAUUUGUGUCCAGGGUUUAUUAGUCACAUUAUCACAUACGUUAACAUGCAUCCAAGACAUCUACCGGCCCGAGCACGGGAGAGGUCCUGCACAUGGAGCUUUGAUAGGGGCGAAGGGCCAUUCUGGUCAGCCGCAGGAUUGAAAAAAGUAGCCACAGUAUUUAGAAAAAGGAAGGAGUAAAGAAAGUCCAAUAUUUUUAGUUCAAAUUACAGUGCUUUGCAAAGUCAAGUGUCCUGGGAGCGGAGGAGGAACAUUGGUUCCAAGCCCCACCCUCCCCCACAUUGUCCCCUCUGUGGGCUUCCAUGCAACUCCUUUGUGCCCAUCUGCAGGACCUCGGCCCUUCCCCUUUACGCCCUCCAACACUGGGCUGCAGCCAGCCGCUUUGGCUUCUGCCUCAGUAGCCCGCUGCCUGGGGUGAAACAGUCAUGCAUAAGAACAUGCUAGGUCAGGGCCGGGGCAGGUUCAGUGUCCAUAGGAUGCCUCAGUUGCUAUAUCAACGCCUCCUGUUUCUGCUCCGGUGAUACAGAGUGGUGGGGGAAAUAUCACAGGCCUGUAAAAAAAUCCCCGUUCACGUACAAGGUGCCUGAGCGGCUCCGGGCUUCACUGCCGUAGGACAUCCUUGCACCCUGCAGUAAGUGAACGUUACUGUGAGACAGCAUUAGCUGAUACAUUACGGCAUGUUUUCUGAUGCUCUGCCAAACACCCACCAAAAACAGCCACUCAUGCUUUUCAUGCAUUUUCUAGUGAGACGUGCCUCACGGCCCAAAUACUUUUCCCUUGGAAAGCCUGUGGUUAACACAAGGAUGAGUGGGAGUGAGAUGAUACUUUUUUUUUUUUCUAGCUGGAGCGCAGGUCACGUUUGUAUUUUUUUUAAGGAUGGUGAAAGUGCUGAAGUAGAAUUUACUGUGGUGAUUAUUGCAGGAUCAUGAAGAUCAGACAUGAUUCAUUCCAACUACUUAACAUGGUAGUAGAUAAUACCUGAUAAAACAAAGCCUGAAUCCAUUCUAGCAGCAAAACACAACGAGUCAUUUUCAUUUUCUGUCUUUAACAAGUGUAGGAGUUUCUUGUUUUAAUUCACUGUUUCAUCUAAAAAGCCACAAUAUACUGUAUGUGAAAUGCAAGAUUAUAAAAUUAUAAUAACAGUAAUUCAAAUAAGAAUUACUGGUGUGCUUUUAUUACUGCUAAAAUAUAACUUACAUCACUCUUAAUGUGGGAAGUAGCCAAAUUUGAGGAGUUGUGAAAGGGUUGCAGAGUAAAGGAAUUUCUGAGGCAAGUUACUAUGUAAGUCCUAAAGACACCCAUAAAAGGGUCAUUUAAGAGUUUUUUAAGACCUUUAAAGAACUUUAUAAAUCCCGUUCUUCUUUCUUUGGGGGAUUUUUUUGGCUCCAGCAGGAUAACCAGUAAAGAUGAGGAGGGGAAAAACAUAACCAACCCCCUAAAAAAGGAAAUGCUGUUGGUAGGCAGGUAGUCUGUCUCAAAGUCAGCACAUCAGGAGAAGGAGGGUGGAGGGGGGGACUCCUGAUGGAGUUGGGAUGGACCUCCACAGGAUUGGUGGAUGGCUUCACUCGGCUUGGCCCCAUGCCAAGCCCAUAUGUCUUUAUAUACUGUGAGCCGGUGACCGGACUGUCCCGAGUCCCUCUGUCUCUCUCUCUAACUGUCUCUCCCUGCAGGGCCGCAGUCCAUCUUGAGGUCCAGCAUCCCACCGGCGCUUCUUCUCCACCAGCUUCCCUUGCUCUUCUUCUUCUCCCCCCCCCCCCCCCCCCCCCCACACACCCACCCACACACCCACCUCCGCGGCCAUGCACACAAUGGCCCUGCUCCUCACUCUAUCCGCGUGGCUCCUGGGUGCGAGCCUCGUAGCGGAGGCGACCUACUACCGGCACCACCGCUACGUCCCCUACUUCCACCGCUACCGGGAUCACUCCGCCAACGCGGAGAACCUCCUCCCGGAGGUCCCGGACCCGGCGCCCGGAGCCACGCAGCCGGGCGCGCCGACCCGUCCCGAGAUCCCCGAGGUGAUCCACCCGCGACCCGAAGUCCUCGACCCGGUGCCAGAGCUUUUCCACACGGUGCCCGAGGUGGUGCAUGCGAUCGAAGAAGCCUCCUCCGCCGGCGACGCCAACCGGGUUUUCUACGGGGUCAUGUUCGACGCCGGGAGCACGGGCAGCAGGAUCCACAUCUACAAGUUCAUCCAGAAGGACCCCGUCGAGCUGCCCGUCCUGGACAGUGAAAUGUUCCACGCAGUGAAGCCUGGACUGUCUCAUUAUAAGGACAACCCUGAGAAGGGUGGCGACACCAUCCGACAGCUGCUGAAGAUUGCUAAGAAGACGGUGCCAGAGGAGGACUGGGGGAGGACCCCGGUGGUCCUGAAGGCCACGGCGGGUCUUCGUCUGUUGCCUGAAGACAAGGCCAAUGCUCUUCUGGAGGAGGUGCGAGAGGUAUUUGACGAGUCCCCUUUCUUCGUGCCAAACAACAGUGUCUCCAUCAUGCAAGGAGCAAAAGAAGGAGUCCUUGCCUGGGUCACAGUGAACUUCCUCACAGGUCACUUGUACUCCAACACCAGGAAGACGGUGGGCAUCCUGGACCUGGGUGGAGGAUCCACACAGAUCACCUUCCUCCCCAAGUCAAAGAAAACGGUUCAGUCCGCUCCCCCCACUUACAUCGCUCAAUUCAACCUCUUCGACCAUCAGUAUCAGCUCUACACGCACAGCUACCUCGGAAAUGGACUGUUUGCGGCUCGACUGGCAACUCUCGGAGCUCUAGGAGCGGAUGGCCUGGAUUGGAAAGUCUUCACUAGUUCCUGCCUCCCGAAAAAGUUCACCGACGAUUUGACUUUUGGGGGAAACACAUACAAAGUGAGCGGGAUUCCAGACGGCUAUGCGGGAUACAAGCUGUGCUACUAUGAGGUCAUGAAGGUAAUCAAAGGAAUAGUGCACCAGCCUUAUGAAGUGAAGGGCAGCAGUGUCUUCUAUGCCUUCUCCUACUACUUUGACAGAGCUGUGGACUCCGGCCUCAUUGAUGGCAGUCGAGGUGGUUCCGUUGAAGUCAGAGAUUUUAAGAAGAGAGCCAAGGAGGUGUGCAACAAAAUGACCAAGUACCGUGCUAUUAGCCCCUACCUGUGCAUGGAUAUGACAUACAUCACCUGUCUGCUAAAGGAGGGCUUUGGAUUCAAAGACGACACAGUGCUGCAGCUAUCCAAGAAGGUGAACAACGUGGAGACCAGCUGGGCCCUGGGAGCGACCUUUGACUACUUCAGAAACCUCAACAUCCACUAAGGACGGCUCGCUGCCACUGCAGCCGGCACUGAGAGGGACAGCGCGUCACCGAGGGGCUUCCCCGCCCCUCCAUCAGCCCGUCGCGCCUCUUCUCCUCGACCUCGGCCGCCCCGUUGAAGAAAUCACUAUAUUUUUCACAAGGCCAGCUGUUUCUACUGUAUGUCGAGCUAGUAACUGGUUGCCUCCCUUCAUUUUUGUAAAACGUUUAGCUCUUCGACCCCUGGUGGGCGUCUGAUUUGCGCCCACCUGGUGCGUGUGCACGGGGUAGUCCAGAAGCAAUGCAACAUUGCGUGCACUGUACAGUGGAAUUUACUGGAAGUGCAACAAAUAGUUGUCUUUCUACAUGCUUUUAAAACAAUCACCUUCCAUUUUUAGUAGUAAACAAUUAUGCAUAACCCUAAUUUUCUAAUUGAUUUGCCCCUCAGCAUCUUUAGCAGGAGAGCUGUGGACAAUUCUACAGAUUCUUUUCUUCAACUUUGCACGUAACACUUUAAUUGCAGGUAUUGUAGCUCCGACAUGAUCAGUUGCUUCAAUGUUGACUUGUGAGUUGUGAAUACACGUUUAGUUUUUGGAAUCACCAUGACUGAAGGGCGGCAAGGAGAACUCUGUGUCGAGAUGCCUUUCACAGACUGUUGUAUAGCCGUUACAUGUAUGACGUUAAUGCCUGUUGUGUUGAGACAAUAUUGUUUGUUUUAUCUAGAAUGGAACAUAUCUAAUCAAGUGUGGCUAAAUUGCGGGUGUGCCUGGGCUGAACUCUGUUUUAGAUUUUAAAAAAGGCCUCUAAUCAGGGAAGAUACAGCUAAAACUGGGUAGAGUGUGACCAACAUCAUUCAAAGCCAUUAAAUGCAGCAAAAUUAUUUAAAAAGGUGAAACCCAACUUAUUUGUUGCUAGUUGCGCAAAAACAUUUAUGAAUGGGAGCUUUUGAAUUAAUAUUUCUUGUGAACUGUACAAAUAUUUAAAGUUUUUUUUUUUAAUAUAGAGCAUUUGAAUUGCUCUCUAAUUUUUGUGUAACUGCUCUUUUGACUAUUCCUUUGCAGUCUUUUCAGUAUUCAACAUGUUCAAUAACUACUGGUGUAUAUACAGAAUGUAAACUUCUUAUUCAUUAAAUAUUGUGACAGUAACUCCUCUUACACUGCUGCACAAUUUCUCACAAAUGUUCAUCAUGAAUAACCUGAUAGGCGACAACAUGUAAAUUGCUUUUAUUAUGACCAGUGAAACGGAAUAUUGUAUAUUAUAAAUGUAUGGUUUAAUUAAACAUGGUAUAUUUACUCUGUAUUUGUAAUUUUUAUAUCAGACUUCUUGUAAUUAAAUGCUUUAGAGCACAAUAAGGUGCCUCAGAUCAAAAAAUGUUUGUGCUUGAAAUCAUUUUUUUUUUUUUAUCAGAAUGUGCAAACAUUGGACUUACUACACUGUUUAAAUAAACUCCCAUUGGAGAAUAGGGUGCUACACAAUUCCUAUAAUUUAUGAGAAAUGCACAUCAUGGAUA